CCGCCGGGCGGGCGGAGGCGCAGAGCUGAGCGCGGGCCCCGGGAGGCGAUGGCAGCGCAGCGGAUGGGCAAGCGGGUGCUGAGCAAAUUGCAAUCCCCGUCGCGGGCCCGUGGGCCCGGGAGCAGCCCCGGGGGCAUCCAGAAGCGACAUGCACGAGUCACCGUCAAGUACGACCGGCGGGAGCUGCAGCGACGGCUGGAAGUGGAGCAGUGGAUCGACGGGUGCUUGGAGGAGCUGUACCGAGGCAGGGAGGCCGACAUGCCUGACGAGGUCAACAUCGAUGACUUGUUGGAACUGGAGACUGAAGAGGAAAGGGGCCGGAAAAUCCAGAGUCUCCUGACAUCCUGUACGAACCCCACAGAGGACUUCACCCGGGAACUCCUGGAGAAACUUCGAGACCUCCACAAGCACCCAGGUCACCGCCAGCAUCGCAGCCCCUCAGCCGAAGGCAGCCCAAGACCCCCGCAAGGCCAGAGUCCCAACCCAGUCUCGUCCCUGUGACCCCCCAGCUGGUUCAUUUUUAAGUUGUAUUUAAUGGAUUCCUAACAAUGACUCCACGCGCUA